UUUUAGCUCAACUAUUUUUUUCUCUCGUGUUGAACAUCCAGAGACUAAAGGGUGGCCGACGCCCAAAUCACCAAGCAAUCCAUAAAAUUCCUAAACCGCCAUUUUCCCUGGGAUCGUUUAGUGUUGUUUUAUAUGGAUGUCAAAUUUAUUCAAAAUAUUAGAAUCAAAUUCAUCUGAUACAGAUUCUAGUAAUAUCGCCCGCCAACUUCAGAACAAUCAUUCCCAAAUAAAUUCGUCGGAUCCCAACCGCAGCUACUCCAGUCUUCCUCAAGACCAGCUGCUCCAAACCUACGUAUCAAGUGUUUCAACAGUUCUGGCAUCUCAGGUACCCCAGUCACCUUAUUCUCAAUUAAUGUCUCAUAAAGCUGCCCAACUGGUCCAUCACCUUCCUCAAUCACAAUACAUGUCAGAAAUGCCCAUGGGUCUGUACGUACCGCCGCCGGCCGGCCACUACAGGCCUGUUACCGAUACCGCCAACCACUUUCCACCAGUGUAUGCUUCACAACAAUCUCAUGGAAACCAACCACAAUUCCAGGCAGCCUCGGACGAGAAGCUUGUGGGUCAGGAUGAUAUGGGAGGCCUACCCAACUUGCCACCUUUGGCAUCUGGCCAUCCAUUAGGUCACUUCCCCCAAGGUUCCCCCCCACUCGGAUCUCAAAAUGUGUACGCUCAGGCACCCCAAGUGGCUUCCCAAGUACAGUCCCAAACCCCGGGACAGGGCUAUCGGCGAACCCAACCACAAAUACAGCCCUCUCUGACCCAACCCUCCCAAGGCCUGUACAUGAAUACCGGCACGUCGCCUCUCUCGGGAUCCAUAUCGCUCCAGGCCAAUGGACAGGCUGGAACCAGUUCCAGUACCAAUAGUGUUAUGCUUGUGGGUAUGGUUCUGGGAACCAGCGUUGUUCCGUCAUCCAAUUCGUCUGGCUCAUACUUCCCGAUACAACCCCAACUGUACCUUCAGACUGGCCAGCAGUACCAACAGUACUCCCAGUACCCGCAACCCUAUAGUCAACAUUCACAACAAAUGCCCCCUAAACCGCAGUACACCUCCCAGCACCAGCUGUACCCCCCAUUCCAUCCACGGCCCCCAUUACACUCUAGCAUGGGUUCCGACUCCCUGGAAGGUGAUAAGAAGCCUCGUACCACCGCAACCGUUCAUAACAUGACACCGGAAACUGCUGCUCGCAAUAAAUGCAGUGUUUGCCAGAAACAAUUUAAGAGACCUUCUUCCCUACAAACUCAUAUGUAUAGUCAUACGGGAGAGAAACUUUUUAAGUGUCCAUGGAUCGAUUGUGGCAAGUUUUUUUCGGUCAAGAGUAAUAUGACCCGUCACUACCGACUUCAUGUGCGUGACAUGAAGCGAAACAGCAUUUCCAGCAGUACCUCCAAUCUGACGAUUUAAAAAUAUUUUUUUAAAUCCAUGUAUAAUACUUGUAUUAUAGCUUGCUGCAAGAUCUUGGUUAUUAACUUUGUUGGAGGAUUUUCCCAAAACUCAAAAAUACGAAUGAUCGGUUUUGCACUUCAUAUUUGUACCCUAAUAUUAAAGCCCCUUUAGUUCUAUUAUUGCCAGUCUCGAGACGCCUUGCACGUCCGAUCUGCAACCA